CGUUCACUCAGGUAGACGAGACAAACAAACCAGGAAGUGUUUACGCGAACAUAUUUCGUAUCAUCGUAUCGUAUAUGUUUUUAACAUGUCCAGUGAAGUCCGAUAUUGCGAUAAGUGCUCGUACCUCUUUCUCAAGUUCUGCUUAAUCGUAUAUGCAACAAUUUUCUGGCUGAUAGGGGGCUUUAUUUUGGCCAUCGGCAUUUAUGCGGAGGUGGAGAGGCAACAGUACAAAACGCUGGAAGGAGUAUUCCUGGCUCCUGCCAUUAUCCUCAUUUUGCUUGGUGUGAUCAUGUUCAUCGUCUCCUUCAUCGGCGUUCUGGCAUCUCUCAGAGACAACUUGUGCCUUCUCAAAGUGUUUCUUUACAUGCUGGCUCUGUGUCUCAUUUUGGAGCUCGUCAGUGGGAUUCUAGCUUUGAUCUUUAGGAGACAGACAGAGGACCUUCUCAACAAAAACAUCCGUAAAGGCAUGGUCAAUUACUAUGAUGACCUGGAUUUCAAAAACAUCAUGGACUAUGUUCAGAUAAAGUUCAAAUGUUGUGGGGGAACAGACUUCUCAGACUGGAAGGUGAACAUGUAUCACAACUGCACUGCUCCUGGUCCGCUGGCGUGUGCAGUGCCUUACACCUGUUGUAUAAGCAAGCCUUCUGAAGUUGUUAAUACAAUGUGUGGAUACAAGGCCCUGCAGAGAGAGAGGCUGGAAAAUAUAGAUGUGAUCUACACCCGUGGUUGCACGAAUGCCGUCUUCAUUUGGUUCAUGGACAACUAUAAAAUCAUGGCUGGACUUCUUCUGGGCAUCUUAGUUCCUCAGUUUUUUGGUGUGAUCUUUACCUGGCUUUAUAUCACCCGUGUGGAAGAUGCCAUCGAGGAGUAUGGACACUAUAUGGAUGGUCUGCUGGACGGCGGACCGGAGGGGAAAAAACACCAAAGCAAGUGGGCCAAAUGUUGCAAAUGCAUGCCUUUGAUUGACUGAGUGCCAUCUCCUAAAAAGCCUUAAAUUUGAUUUAAAAAAGGUAUAUACAGUUACUAUGACAUGCUGUGGAUGAAAUGAACGGUUUGUGGCAAUGCAAAACACAACUGUCCUGUACUGUACUUUUGUAACAUCAGCCACAGACUCAUUAAUGCAAGAAAGCUGUUUUUGUACUGUCAAUAUCGUUUUCACUGUUACUCUCAAGAUUCAUUAUUUCACCUGUCAGUUGAAAAUGGGUAGUUUUUUGUCAAAAUUGACCAAUGCUAGGGCUGACCUUCUGUCUUAGGAUCUUUCUACUAAAUAAGACCUGAAGCACAACACUAACAUUUCCGUCGUGUCGACAGAGUCCGAAUGCCUUUAGAUUUUACAAAGCUUAGUUCUGUUUAACGGGGAACCUGUUUGGAAAAUUGUCUCAGGUAAUGAAAUUCAAGUUUUCUUUUUUCUAGCGUGAACCGUGCUCUUCACAUGUGAACUUAUACCGUAAAUGUCUAUGAAAACGGCAGCUACAUUGAUCAUAAUAUGAGUGCUGUCACUUUUGUUUGUACAUCGUAUCUAAGAUGAGUAACAUAAUAAAUCCUGACUACAAACAUUACCACACUUAAAAGCUGUGUAAAUCCAAUCCUUUAGUUUACCAUAUUUGCGGUAAAACUUUUGUUUCUUAAUUAUUUAAUUAUUACUUCAGAUUGAGUCUUUACCUGAAACGGGGCUUAUUGUGUAUAUAUUUAUAUAUUUUAAAAUGUUUUUCCUUCUUUUUUGCCAAAGGGUGAUGGUAUUUUUUUUUUAUAAACAUGAAAACAAUCCAGAUAAACUGCAUAUUUGAGCUGUUUUUAUAACACGUACAUGAGAUGUUUGUGUCUUAUCAUUAAAUGACAGGAGAAUCAUACAAUGGCUUAUUUAUUUAAAGUUUGCCACAGUUUAUAUAAAAUGCACAACAUAUUGCAUUCGUAUAAUGUUAUUAUUCACUGAAAGAUAAUUGCAAACAAAGAAGUUGAAGUGAAUAGUAAUAUUAAGCCUUAACAAUUUCUGUUCUUUAAUUUUUUUCCAUUUUCUUGGUCUAUCUUUGGAAUUCUCUGCUGUCUUUAUGUGAUUAUUUUGACUUUGUAUUGACCUGACUGUUAAAGCUUGAGAAUUGCCCUGAACACAGUGAGUGUCCUGCUGAAUGAAUGAAUAAAUGAUGUUUACAGA